AUGGCGGUCUCGCUGCUGGCCAGCUUGACCGCUGCGGCGACCAUCCCGGCCAACAGCAGCGGGGCCAGCAUCAUCCAGCAAAUCGCCCCAGCCUCAGCGAGCUGUGCCGCUGGCAACACAGAGUGCCGUACGGCGAAGCAAGCAGCGCCGUAUAUCUUCCAGAGCUUCGCCAAGUAUGGCCUCGACAGCGCCAACCAAAAGGCAGCUGUCAUUUCUCUCAUGGCAUACGAAUCCGACAACUUUGUCUACAAGACCAACCAGUACCCCGGACGACCCGGCCAAGGCACAGCCAACAUGCAGAUGGCCAGCUUUAACCUCAUGUACGCCAAGUCCAUCAAGGCUACGAGCGGUGCCGUUGCCGAAGUGUCGUCGGUCGACGGCCUGUCGGACACGGAGCUUGACUAUAUCAUCGGCCUUGUCACGGUGGACAAGUACAAUUUUGGCAGCGGCGCCUGGUUCCUCAAGACGCAGUGCGGGAACGACGUCAUGUCACAGCUGGCCAGUGAUGUCGAUCAGGGUUUUCAGGCCUACAUGUCGUGCGUCGGCGUGGAGGCCAGCAGUGAUCGUCUGGAGUACCUAGACAGGGCCAAGACGGCAUUUGGCAUCUAA